CAAGAGGCGGCCUCGGGGAACAAUUUGCUUGAUAAAUAUCUCAAUAUUUCCUGUUUGAUUGCGAUCUGACUCACCGAGCCCUUUCAUAGGCCGAAAAGAAAAACAAAGCUUAAUUAUAUACACAAACCAUACAUCCAAGAUAGAUACUAAAGAAACUUCCCCGUGUGAAAUCCUACUGAAAUUCAGAGACAGCUAUUCUUUUUCAUUUUCUCCUUCUCUUCCUUUUAUGGUGCCCCAAGUAUAGGAAGAAACCGUCAAAGAAACCAUAAAAGAGAGAGAGAGAGAGAAUUAGAGAGCCCAGAAGAUCAGAAACUCCAAUCAAUACCCGAUAAUUAAGCUCGCUUGGAAAUACCAGUUCCAGUUCCUUCUUGCUCGAUAGUAUAUCUUUCGAUUAGUCUUCUUAAUCUGUUUGCCGUGUUUUACCAGGGCACGGCCCUUCCAAGCCAUCUCAUAAAAGAAAAACAAAAAUCAAGUCACUGGUUCACGAGCGUCCACCUCUCUCCUUCUCCUGUCUUACUGUUGGGGUUCUUGUAAACAAGAUCCUUGAGCAAGGAAUUGGAAACUAAACAAGCUAUCAUUUCCAUAUCAGUUUAUUUUUCCCUGUUCAGGAUCGUAAAGAAGCACGCCCUGAUCAUCAGUAAAAAGGGUAAAAUCUUAAGAAAAAAGAAAGUGGUUCAUUUCCCAUUUUCCAAGGUUCAGAUUGCUCUGUUUCUUCAAACAGGAAAUAGAGCAGUUUAGUUAAUCCUUUUCCAUCCAGUUUGUUGAGAUUCAAGAAUCAUAAGGGUGAAACGCAAAAAGUUGCUUCGUCAUUGUUUAUCAAUAUUUUAUCCGUCCCUUUUAAAAUCCCAACCGUUUCGUUUUGUUAUUUUAGAAUAACAGUUCCAUUGUUGCCAAAAGGAAAACAAACAUAAAAAAAUUCCCUUUUUUAUUAUUAAUUAAAUAAUGUCUCAUCAGAUAAUCUUUAGGAACCCAACCUCCGUCUCCCGGCGGCAAUCACUGCUGCAAAGCCGUUCCUCCUCUUCCUCAUGUUCUUCCAGCAUCUACGACAGCGGCAGCCGCACAAGGAGUACAUCCAGGAACAGUGCCAAAUUCGGGGAGUUUUGUGGGGGUGCGACAGCUGGGUGUGCAGCUCUUUGUUGCUGUUGCCCUUGUGGGAUAGCGAACCUUCUAGUUUUAGCAAUUUACAAGGUUCCCGCAGGGCUAUGUCGCCGUGCUCUCCGCCAGAAACGGCUGCGUAAAUUGCAAAAAAAAGGGUUGCUUCAGCCGAGGAACCACCGGGGUCUUUAUGGAUGUGAUGAUAGCGAAUUGCAGAUUCACCCUGUGGUUUCUCUGGAGGAUUUUUUCCUAGGUGUGGAGGCUUCUGAAGAAGCUGAGAAAGCUGUGGACGAACUGGAAAAAGAGAUGUGGGACAGGUUUUAUGGUACUGGAUUUUGGAGAAGUCCUUCUCAGAGAGAAGUCGAGUCACACAGCAUUAAACAACUGUAAAAAAAAAAAAAAAUCCCAUCUUUGCUGCUCGUUUCUUUUAAUCUGGGUGUAUACAUAAUUUAUAACCAAAUGUUGUUCUCUCAUUUCUUGUUCUAAAUGGGGAAUAUUGUGGUGAUGGGGUUUUCUGAUUUCUGGUCAUCAAUGAAGAAAUUGAAAAUGGCUACAUUUUGAUGUCAUGAACAUGGAAAUCUUUCUUCAGUUGGUGCUUUUAUUUAUGUAGAAUGAAUGAAAUUUAUGUGAACGAGUUUGAGAUUGUUGC